AUGACUUCCAAUAAUUCAAAUGGGCUCGAUCGAACUCAAACGAAUAAAGAAGAUGGACUAGCCCAACUGAGUCGCUCAGCAGACAAUACAAGAAGAAUUAAAAACGUCCAAGACAAAUUUGUGAAUAGUCAGAACUUGCAGAAAGAAGGUCGAGCUCUAGUUGGUGAAGGUAUUCUUAUGAAAGUAUGCCGGAAAAAGCCGAAGCAACGCGCUUUCUUUUUGUUCAAUGAUAUUCUUGUCUAUGGACGUGUUGUCAUCAGUGGACGUAGGUACUCACAACAAAAGAUCAUUCCACUCAGUGAAAUCCAAAUUAGUGCCCUAAUCGAUUCAUCUGAGAAUCCAUAUGCGUGGUUAAUUAGUAGUCCAAAGAAAUCAUUUGUUGUUCGAGCGAAUUCAGAUCGCGAACGACAAGAAUGGUUAACACAUCUCGAACGUUGUAUUCGAUAUGCUUCUGAGGGAAACAAUUCACAACAUAAUGCUGUCGCUGCACAUUGGAUACCUGAUGACAAAGCAGAUGCAUGUAUGCACUGUCGUACGUCGAAGUUUUCCGCUGUGAACCGUAAACAUCAUUGUCGAAAUUGUGGUAUUAUUGUUUGUGAUGGUUGUUCGAAGAAACGCUUUUUACUUUUACAUUUGGAUCCAAAAGCAGUUCGAAUUCUCGAGCCAAUCAACGUGAUCGAACUGCUGAUAGUAGUGAUAGCGAUGGUGAUGAUAAUGCUCAACAAUACUCUCCCAUUCCGGCCACGUUCUACCAAAACGUUGAAAACCUUUAAACAAUUCGACUUUACUGUUCAUUUCAAUUGCAAUAUAACUAGUUGA